UGCUAGAGCCAGAGACGGGAGUCGCCAUGACCCCCGCCCUCACGGCCCUGCUCUGUCUCGGGCUGAGUGUGGGCGCCAGGACCCGAGUGCAGGCAGGGACCCUCCCCAAACCCACCAUCUGGGCUGAGCCAGGCUCUGUGAUCCCCUGGAGGACAUCUGUGACCAUCUGGUGUCAGGGGAGCCUGGAGGCCCAGGAGUACCGCCUGCAUAAAGAGGGAAACUCAGAGACCUGGGACAGAUGGAAGCCACUGGAGCCCGGGAACAAGGCCAAGUUCUCCAUCAGAUACAUGACAGAUGCAUAUGCAGGACGCUAUCUCUGUUCCUAUUGCAGUCCCACUGGCUGGUCAGAGCCCAGUGACCCCCUUGAGCUGGUGGUGACAGGAUUGCACGACAAACCCAGCCUCAUAGCCACGCCCAGCCCUGUUGUGACCUCAGGAGGGAACGUGACCCUCCAGUGUGGCUCAUGGGUGGGAUUCGACAGGUUCAUCCUGAUGAAGGAAGGAGAACGCCAGACCUCCUGGACCCUGGACUCCCAGCCAGCCCCCAGUGGGGGGUCCCAGGCCCUGUUCCCUGUGGGCCCUGUGACCCCCAGCCCCAGGUGAACAUUCAGAUGCUAUGGUUGUUACAGCAACACCCCCCAGAUAUGGUCGUACCCCAGUGACCCCCGGGAGCUGGUGGUCUCAGAAGCAGCUGAUGCCAUCAGCCCAUCACGAACCAAGGCAGACACCAACACAGCCUCCCACACCCAAGAUUACACAGUGGAGAAUCUCAUCCGCAUGGGCAUGGCUGCAGUGAUCCUGGUGGUCCUCGGGAUUCUCCUCUUUCAGGCUUGGUACAGUGAGAGAAGAGCCCAAGAUGCAGCCAGGAGGUAAACACAAGAGAUACAAGAGAGAACAAUGCAAUGAUCAGAAUAGCAGAGCCUGGGAAAUACACCUUGUGUGCCCAGGAGGUUCUGGAAGCGCAUGUGGGGCAAGUGCUGUGUGAACCGUCUGCAGAUCAUUGUGAGGAGGAGGAGGAGUCAUGGCUCCAGUGUGGGGACAAUGUACGCACUCUUUUGCCAUUAAACCGUGGACUCUCCUUCCAAACCAUUGUUGAGUUGUCUUCACUGGCUCCCAUCUUUCCCCAUUUCGUGAAACCAGCUUAUACCCACAUGGCAGAUUUCAGUCCACAUCUCCAUACACUGCCAUGCUCUGGUACAAUUUCAGGUAAUACAUUUUCCUCCCUUCUAAUCACCAUACACCUUAAGGUCCAUGAAGGCAUCUCCAUCUCUUCAGUUCAGAUAAUGCAGGCUGUUUUAAUGAAUCAUAAAUUGGCAUAAAAAGAUGCAGCCUGAAAGAGAUAAAUCCAUGAGAUGCCCCAGUACCCUCUGUGCAUCCAUCAGCCUUUCACUUCCACCAGAUGGCCUGGUCUGUGCUGCCUCUGAGAAACCCACCGUGCAAAAUGCUGGUUCGUGACAUUGGCCAGUAUCUCUGGUGUAUCUCCUCCCUUCACAGGUAACUUCAAGGUACCACUGUGAGGUGGCUUAUGGGGAGGAAUGUGCAGAACUGAUGUCACAAAACAGUACAAGUCAACAUAGGAUGCAUUAAUGCCACUCUGGUAGCCCCAAAGUGCACCCAGGUUUC